AGUUUGAUCCCUCCUACCAGAGACUCACAACAGCGAAGCCCGAGUUAUAUUUAUGCAGCACAUCACAUCAACAUGAACAAAUCAUCAAUGUUUCUUCUUAAAUAAGGAGAUUGCUUUGGUGAGAACACCAUGAGUGAAGAGGAGGUGCCCUUGAUGAAGAGCGAAAGGGCCGGCAGUCAGAAGUCCAGCUGUGACUCUGCCCUGCAAGUGCAUCUGUACUACAGCCCCUGCUUAAAUUCAGAGACCACUUUUACUAUCCCCACCAUAUACAUCACAGCUGAAAGUGUGUGUAUGCUAGCAGCAAAAGCCAGCGGAAUUCUUCCUGUGUUCCACAACCUGUUUGCUCUGGCAUCAGAAGAUCUUUCAUACUGGUAUCCACCAACUCAUGUAUUUAAGAAUGAGGAGACCAUCAAAGUUCACUACAGAGUGAGAUUUUUCUUCUCAGGCUGGUUUGGUCAAGGGUCCAGAGCAUCGUACCGCUUUAGACUCAGCAGAGGACGAAUCUGUGCUGCGCUGGACUACUGCGUCAUUGAUUACCUUUUUGCUCAGUCCCGCAGUGAUUUUGUGUCUGGGUGUGGCGGGAUUUCUCCUGCUUUGAGUUUGCAGCAGGAAUGUUUGGGUAUGGCAGUACUAGAUCUGUGGCGUAUGGCCAAAGAGAGGAACCAGAGCCUUGGUGAGAUCUGCAAUACAACAAGCUACAAGUCCUGCCUCCCAGAGACUCACAGACGAGAUAUACAGAGCAUGAGUCGCCUAGCGAGGUAUCAGAUCCGCAAAACCCUGAAGCGCUUCCUCAAGAAGCUGGGCAGAUGCUCAGCUGGAGAACGCAGCCUGAAGCUCAAGUAUCUGAUGGAGCUGAAUGUGGUGGAGCCGGCUUAUGGUUCAGAAACCUUCACUCUGCAUCACUCUGGAUGGUUAGAGCAGAGCGAGCAGCAGAGGGUCAGAGCCGUUCAGGUGUCUGGAGAGGGAGGGAUUCAGAUACAGACCACGGAGAGCCAGGAAUGGCAGACGUUCUGUGAUUUCCCCCAGAUCACAGACAUUAGUAUUAAGCGGCUUUGUCAAGAGCAGAUGCCCCUGGAAGGAAGGGUGGUCACCCUCACACGCCAGGACGACCAGUGCAUGGAGGCUGAGUUUCACACCUUAACUGAGGCUCUUUCCUUUGUAUCUCUGGUUGAUGGAUAUUUUAGACUGACUACAGAUUCGACUCACUAUUUCUGCGCAGAGGUGGCCCCGCCAAGCUUACUGGAGGACAUACAGAAUUACUGCCACGGCCCGAUCACGUCAGAAUUUGCAGUGCACAAGCUUAAGAAAGCUGGAGCCAAAAAUGGGAUGUUCCUGUUACGUCACAGUCCCAAGGACUUUGACAAGUACUUCCUCACUGUUUGCAUACAGGUACCAGAUUUGCUGGACUCAUACAAACAUUAUAAAGCACCAAGCAUUGGGUUUUCACUAACAACUCCUCUGGGGAUGGAUUACAAGGACUGCCUGAUAGAGAAAAAUGAGAAGUUCAGCCUGGCUGGGAUCCACAGCUCAUUCUGCAGUCUAAGACAGCUCACAGACUUCUAUCAGCACAGUACACUUCUCAUGUCAGACAUCCCCGUCACCCUGGGCAAGUGCUGCCCACCCAGACCAAAAGAACUUACCAACAUGAUCAUUGUUCGUAACAGCAGUAUGGCUGAGAUGCCCAGUUCCCCCAUGUUACAGAGACAAAACCCGAGCCACAUGCAGUUCCACAUGAUUAAACACGAUGACAUCACCUGGAGGGAAAGCUUAGGCCAAGGUUCCUUCACGCAUAUCUUUAGAGGGAGUAAGACAGACCAGCGGGACGGAGUGACACACUCCACAGAGGUGCUUCUGAAGGUCCUGGAUGCAAAUCAUAAAAACUGCUGGGAGUCUUUUUUUGAGGCGGCCAGUUUGAUGAGUCAAAUUUCCCACAAGCACCUUCUCCUGGUAUAUGGCAUCAGCGUGCACAAAUCCAAAAACAUUAUGGUGCAGGAGUUUGUGAAGCACGGGGCACUGGACCUGUACCUGAAGAGGAGCACGUCUGUCUCAGUCAGCUGGAAACUAGACGUGGCCAAGCAACUGGCCUGUGCUCUCAACUUCCUGGAGGAGAAGAAUAUUGCACAUGGGAAUGUUUGUGCAAGGAAUCUGCUGUUGGCCAGAGAGGGUGACUCUUCCUCCGAUAACUCACCCUUCAUUAAACUGAGUGACCCUGGCAUCAGCAUGGCAAUGCUGGGAAAAGAGGUGGUGUUGGACAGAAUCCCAUGGGUGGCCCCGGAGGUUCUGGAUACACUUGAGAUCGAACUGGAGUGUGACAAGUGGAGUUUUGGAACAACGCUGUGGGAGAUUUUCAAUGGUGGAGAAGCUCCAUUGCAGGGCCAGGACCUCAUACAAAAGCGGCAGUUUUAUGAGCACUUCUCAAACCUGCCUGCGCUGGAGUGGACUGAGCUGGCCGAGCUGAUCGCUCAGUGUAUGCAGUACCAGCCUGAGCUCAGACCGUCCUGCCGGAGCAUCAUCCGACAACUUAACAGCCUCAUCACUUCAGAUUAUGAGAUCCUUCAUGCGACUGGCACACUCCCCAAGAGCGAUGGCUUCUGUAGAAGACCGAACAUCUUCAAAAAGCAACAACAGGAUGUUUUUGAGGAGAGAUACCUGCGAUUCAUCUCUAUUCUGGGGAAGGGUAACUUUGGCAGCGUCGAGCUUUGUCGAUAUGAUCCGUUCGGUGAUAACACUGGAGAUCUGGUUGCUGUCAAGGAACUUCAGGCUAACAAACAAGCCAACAUGGCAGACUUUCAGAGAGAGAUCCAGACCAUCAGCUCCCUGCACUGUGACUAUAUUGUCAAAUACAAGGGCAUCUGCUACAGUGCAGGUCGACUUAGCACAAAACUGGUGAUGGAAUAUCUUCCGUACGGCAGUCUGAUCGGAUAUAUGGAGAAACACAGACAGAAUGUGUGCACCCGCAAACUGUUGCUCUUUGCCUCACAAAUCUGUAAGGGAAUGGAGUACUUGCAAAGCAUGCGUUAUGUUCACCGUGAUCUAGCUGCUCGCAAUGUCCUAGUCGCCAGCGACUCACUGGUGAAAAUCGCUGACUUUGGGCUUACGAAGAUCAUCCCAGUGGAUAAAGAGUACUACCGUGUCACGCAGCCAGGAGAAAGCCCUAUUUUCUGGUAUGCACCUGAAUCCAUUUCAGACCUGAAAUUCUCCCACAAGUCAGACGUAUGGAGUUUCGGCAUUGUUCUACAUGAGCUCUUAUCUUAUUGUGACAUCAGUCGAAACCCCAAACGGUUGUGUAUCCAGAAGAUUGGAAGUUAUGUCCAGAGUUCAUCCAUGGCCAUCCAUUUUCUUAAUCUUCUCAAGAAUAACUGGAGGUUACCGGAGCCCCCUCAGUGUCCACCAAAGGUGCACAAUAUUAUGAUGCAGUGUUGGGAGUUCAACAGCGAGGACAGACCGAGCUUCUCCACUCUACAGGACCUGAUUGAGAAUAUCCUGUUAGAUGAGAGAGAGGGAUGUAAGGGGUAAAGUCAGAGUUACCCUAAACAGACCACUGUAUUUUCAACAUCAGGUCCAGCUGGGGGAGCAAUCAGGCUUCCUGUCAGCGUGGAGGAGUGGGAGGAGCCAAAGGAGAGCAGGAGACACAAA